UCGCCGUUCGUGACCGUCUGGGAAAGAAGAGCCUUUUCAGUUCCAGCAUGUGGAAGGAAUGAAGUACUGAAUGGAUGUGGAGCCUUAUGCGAGGGAAAGUUCCCCUGUCCACUCAUUUGUCUUCCCCCAGCAUGCGCAUGCCGCGAGGGCUUCUACAGAGACGCUAGCAAUAACUGCGUGAGUGCAUCUCAGUGUCCAAGGCAAUGCAGCGCUAAUGAAACAUUCAACUCCUGCGGAAACCUGUGCGAAGGAAAAUGCGAAAACGUCGAUAUAACGCCGACUGUGGACACCCAUGAUAGAUUACUGCCCGUGACGAGCGGAAGAUUCUCAGGACUGUUUCCAACAGUACGUCCUCCUUGA